AUGUCAGUUUUGUCAUCUGAAACACCGAUUCCGGAAGCUCCAAGACCAAUUUCUGUGCAGGAAAUGUACCAGCUCACACAUAUGGAACAAAGCGAAUGGGGCAUUGAAGGCUACAAAGCUCCAAAAAACCAUAUCUAUAUCAAUAAAGAGCACAAAUUCCCAACUGACAAAAGAAAAGAUGCAAUGGAUGAAGCACUUAAGAGGUCCAAAGACCCAGAUCCUACUAAAUACGCAGAAACUAAAGAGCAGAUAUUAAAAAGAUACUGGGAAAAACCCAAUGGGAAGUUUUUAAAUGGGAAACGAAAAACAGAAAUCGACGAAAUGGUUAAAAGAAGCAAAAGUGUCCCUGCUCCUGGGCAUUAUUUUAAAGACGCUAAAAAGGUUUCUGAUAAAGUCAAAGAAAUCCCUCUCGGCAAAUUUGAGUAAUUUCUAUGCAGCAAAGGACAAAGGCUCAACUUUUUGACCACAACGGAAAGUUAUGCAGAAGAAGUCCCUGAGUGUGGGAAAUAUAAGCCGAAUUUUGAUUUAACUGAAGAAAGAAGGCCAAAAUGGAAUUUAGGAAAAGCAAAAACGCCAAUAAAAGUAGAAAAAUCAAAAAUUGGGCCUGGGAUGUAUCAUGAUGGAAUAGAAGUUGCCAUCAAAAAAGCAGUCACGCCAUCGACCAAGAGCUAUUCAGUACCAAAAAGUAGGCCUACUGGAGCUUUAUCUACCCGUGCGCAACAAACUAAAUUUGUACCUGGCGUUGGUGCUUAUCCUGAUGCUGAGCUAGCUUAUGCAAAAUUCCAUGUAAUGAAAAAAGGAAGAAUGGCUGUGAUUUUGCCUUAUAAAACGAAAUCAUUUACAGAUGAAGUAACCAAAAACGCUUCAUGGGUGCCAGGGCCUGGAAGUUAUAAUAUUGGCCCUCCUGUGAAAAAGCCUAACUAA